AUGCUGUCCGCUUUGCAGGCCCACAUCUCGACGCUCCAGCAGGCGCUCGACACGCCCUCGAUCCCGUGGAAGCCCCUCACCCUCUACCUCCUCUGGGGCGUCUACCUCUUCGAGACCUACCUCUCCCUGCGCCAGUACCGCCUCUACAGCCGCACCACGCCGCCCGCCGCGCUUGCGCAGCACGUCGACCUCGACACCUUCCGCAAGUCGCAGGCGUACGGCAGGGACAAGGCGCGCUUCGGCUUCCUCUCGGGCGCCAUCAGCCAGCUCAUCAGCGUCGCCAUCGUCCACUACGACAUCUACGCCGCCGCCUGGUCCACGGCGGGCCAGUGGCUCCGCGUCGCCGGCCUGCCCGACCGCGAGAUCCCGCGCAGCAUCGUCUGGAUGGUCGUCAUGUUCAUCCUCCGCGAGAUCCCCGCCAUCCCCCUCACCCUCUACCGCAACUUUGUCAUCGAGGAGCGCCACGGAUUCAACAAGAUGACGCUCGCCACCUUUGUCUCGGACACGCUCAAGGAGUGGAUGCUCGGCUUCGUCAUCGGCGCGCCCCUCAUGGCCGGCCUGCUGUGGAUCAUCCGCUGGUCGGGCGACGCCUUUGUCACCUACGUCGUCGCGUUCCUGUUUAGCUUCCAGAUCGUCGCCAUGGUCCUCUACCCGACCCUGAUCCAGCCGCUGUUCAACAAGCUCACCCCGCUCCCCGAGGGCAUGCUGCGCGACCGCGUCGUCGCCCUCGCCACGGCGCUCCGCUUCCCGCUCAAGCACCUCUACCAGAUCGACGGCAGCAAGCGCUCCUCGCACUCCAACGCCUACUUUUUCGGCGUCGUGCCCGGCGGCAACAAGCACAUUGUCAUCUUCGACACCCUCAUCGAGAAGUCGACGCCCGACGAGAUCGAGGCGGUGCUCGCCCACGAGCUCGGCCACUGGGCCCACAGCGACCCCACCAAGCUCCUCGUCCUCGGACAGGCCCAGAUCAUUCUCACCAUGUCGCUCUUCACCCUGUUCAUCAACAACGUCUCGCUCUUCCGCGCCUUUGGCUUCGACGUCGCGCCAACCGCCGCUGCCGGCGGCCUCCUCUCGAAGCUCGCGCCGUCGUCGGCGUCGGCGUCGAUGUCGUACCUGCCCAUCGUCAUCGGCCUCGAGCUGUUCCAGCUGAUUCUCAACCCGAGCGACGCGCUCCUCAAGUUUGGCAUGAACUCGGCCAUCCGCCGCAUGGAGUACGCCGCCGACGCCUUCGCCGCCGGCCUGACCCGCCCCGGGCCCACCGAGGCCGAGCAGCGGGCAGCGCAAAAGUGGCAGGACGACAACGGCGGCCAAAAGGCCGAGCGCGAGGGCGAGCGCGACGAGUACACGGCGCUCCUCAAGCGCGCCCUCGUCAAGCUCCACGUCAACAACCUGUCGUCGUUCCACCACGACCCCAUCUUUUCGGCGUACCAUUACUCGCACCCUACGCUGGGCGAGCGUCUUUCCGCGCUCGAGGCAAUCGAGGCCAAGAAGCAGUAG